UGUGGAAUCAGACAGAGGAGCAACCAAUAAGUACGUCUAAGAGGCUUUGACAGAGAGCUGCUGAAUUUUGAGGAAAACUACUUAGAACAGUCAGUCAGUUUGAGGUUACAUUUGCACAAGAUUUUCUGGCAACUGAAGCAGCUGUUGGUGUGUUUUCUUUGCUCAUUUUGGCCCAAAGAAAGAAAAAGCCACUAUGUCUCUGGAGGUGAAGGAGAAGACCCAGGUGCGUCUAGUGUUUUUGGGGGCAGCAGGAGUGGGCAAGACGGCCCUGAUCCAACGCUUCCUCCAAGACACGUUUGAGCCCAAACACCGGCGCACAGUGGAAGAGAUGCACAGCAAGGAGUAUGACAUCGGCGGGGUCAAGAUCACGAUUGAGAUCCUGGACACCAGUGGGAGCUACUCCUUCCCAGCAAUGCGCAAGCUCUCCAUUCAAAACAGCGACGCCUUCGCACUGGUGUACGCCGUGGACGACCCGGAGUCUCUGGAGGCUGUCAAGAGCCUCCGAGAUGAGAUCCUGGAGAUCAAGGAGGACAAGUACACACCCAUUGUGGUGGUGGGGAACAAGGCGGACAGGGAGGAGGCGCGUCAGGUGUCCAAUGAUGAUGUGCUGUCAACCGUAGAGAUGGACUGGAACAACAGUUACCUGGAAGCUUCGGCAAAGGAGAACGCCAACGUGGUGGAGGUGUUCAAGGAGCUCCUGCAGCAAGCAAACCUUCCCAGCCGGCUCAGCCCAGCGCUGCGCAGACGCAGGGAAACCUUUCCGAAAGACACCAACUUCCGUCCGCCCAUGAACAAGACCAACAGCUGUAUUCUGUCAUAAUGGUGGAAGGAGGAGGGGAAGUUUUACUUUCAUAAAUUGACAAGAGAUGGGAGCAUGGAAGGUCUGCUGUGCUGCUGGACACAGAGAGAGUUUAAGAGGAAAGCCUGACUGACUUCAGACGGCGGGGGUGUGAAGUGAAGAAGCUGCUUGACUGAGAUAAGUGAUUCUGGACUCACAAAGACUCCUCAUGGUUCACAACUGAGAGGAGGAAAGACUGUAGAGGUGAAAUGUAUUGAGACUGAACUUGAACAGCCUGCCAGUGGAAAGAGGGAAGAUGCAUUAAUUACUCAGUUGUUUACUUAAUGUAUUGUUGUUGCUGCUUUUUUGGUGACAUGCUGCUGGUGUUUGGAUCAAUGUAUAGCGUUUGGAUUUUUAAUUGAAAUGUUUCACCUGCAUCAAGAUAUUAAGACUGUUCCUCACAGAUUGUUUACUGAAAUAAAGUGUGUAUGUACAUAUGUUGUGAAAUGUGCAAGUUAUGUCUCAUGUAAAAACUUUUUUAAUUUAUCAAUUCAUCUGUAGCACAUCAUAAUGUUUACAAUUUUUGUAUUCAAUUCAAAUUUUUCAUUAAGCAUGCUUCAUCUUUGUUUUUAAUAAUAUGUGGUGAAAUGCAAAUGUUAACUGUAAAUGCACUUUUCAUUUUGAGUAGACCAUUCAAAAUGAUGUCUGGGUUGUUUUUAUUAAUUCAGAUUGUUUUUUUUUAAUUUAUUUUAUAUGGCAUAUUCUCACAAACCUUAUCAUUCUGUUGUUUAUUUGACAAAUGUAAGUGGAAUGUGGAUCUCAAUGUGUAAUAAACAGAUAUGAGCACAAAAAGAU